AUGGAACCCCUGUCGCUGACAGCCAGCAUCAUCGCCAUCAUCCAAACCGCGGAGCAGAUCGCGUCCGUCUGCAAAGCCUACAUAGACGGCGUUGCCGACUGCCCCAAGGAGCUCCGGCUGAUCCGCAUCGAGACCAAGUCGCUGUCGGUAGUCCUCGAGGACAUCGUCUGCCUGCGAGAACAAGAUAACGACGCCGCUCGGAUCUUGAGCAGCAUCAGUGGUCCUGACGGCUCGCUCGAGGCGUGCAAGAGAGCAGUCACGGACCUACACGCGCUUCUGCCCGACCCGCAGUUGGUUGUGAGAAGUCGGAGCCACAGCAAGUGGCGAAGGGUGGAAUUGACUUUGACGGCUUUGGCAUGGCCGCUCAAGCGGGAAAGGGCGCGCACGCUGCUCGGUGAGAUCAUGAGCCACAAGUCAACUAUCACUAUGGCUAUGGGCGGUUCGGUGCUACGUGGUAUUCGGUCUAUCAAGCUUGCGCUCGACCAGUCUCAGAGGAAAGAGGUUUGCGAAUGGUUUGAGUACACAGAUCCAUCACCUAACCACAACAUGGCCAAGCCCCUGUACGAGAAAGGGACUGGCAACUGGGUGACACGAUCCUGUGAAUGGACAGACUGGGUCGAGGGCCGUUUACGUUGCCUCUGGCUGCACGGCAUCCCGGGGGCUGGGAAAACCGUGCUUGCGGCGCAUUUGGUCGAGCAGAUCAGGGAGAUUUGCAAAGCAGAAACGGCCAAAAGGUUCGUCUCUGUGUAUUACUACUGCUAUCACGGACACAACCAAGAUGAGACCAGCCCGUUCCUCCGCUGGCUGAUAGCCCAGCUAUGCCGCGAGGCAGACAGCAUACCGGGAGAGGCAUACCGUCUUUUCAAAAGAGGGCACCACCCGGAUGUUGAUGAGCUCUUGUCAAGUCUCUAUCAUUGCUUGCAAGGGUUUGACACAGUCUUUGUCACUAUCGACGCGCUCGACGAGAGCCAGCCUCGGGAUACGCUGCUGAAAACUCUCUAUACCCUGAUCGAUGACCCUCGCUUUCGCAAUCUCCAGCUCUUGGCGACGAGCCGUGAGUACUUCGACAUCGAGCAGGCAAUGCUCUCCAUCCCAUGUUCGGUUUUCGUUCCAAUGUCGCAUCCGCUAGUGCAGGCCGACAUCAAGAUCUAUGUCUCUGCACGAAUCAAAGAUACCACUGCAUUUAAAGAGUGGCCUUCGAGCUUGAAGUCUGAAGUCGAAGACUCGCUUUCCGAAGGCGCCCAAGGCAUGUUUCGAUGGGCGGUGUGCCAGCUCGACAUCCUUCGGCGGCUCAAGACCACGGCCAGGAUCAGAAACUCCAUCAAAUCUCUGCCCAAGACGCUCGACGAAACCUAUGAGCGAAUCCUUUCUCUCAUUCACGAAGAGGACCGCGAGCUAGUCCGGUUCGCCCUGCAUUGGCUAUGUUUCAACGACUUCCUAUCCCGUAGUCGGCUAGAUAAAGUUUUCACGUCCUGCCUAAUUAUGACCCGGUUCUACUCAUGCUCAAAGCGGCUUGAGAUUAGAGGAGACGAAGAAGACAUAGUUUUCUGCGAUUUCGACAGAUUGAGGGACAGCUGCGGCUGUCUCGUUUCGUUUUAUUCGAAUGAGAAGCAAGCAACACUCGCCCACUACACCGUCAGGGAGUUUUUAGAAUCGAACAGAAUUGUCCCGGCA